AGGGUCUAAUUGAUCCCCCUAGUGAUCUUAUAUGUUUAUUUUGGAGUCAGUAAGAGCACUCUGUUAUUGCUUUCAAAUAUACUCUGCUUGUUUUGAGUUGCCAAAGAGGAAUACUGUACUCGAUAGAGAAUUUCCUUGUGUCCAUGCUGGCUGAGAGCAUGCGUGGAAUCCGUGCUUUGGGUAAUGCCCGUAACAAGAGUUGUUGCUGAUGCACUUGGUGUGGUGACAAUUUGUCUUGUUGCUGUUCUGGUCCUUCUGGGUGUGUUUUGCACUGUGUACGUACUUUACUUCCGUAAUCGGAUCCGUAGUCAAGGUCUUAUUCGGUUCAAUUAUUUUAGUGGUCCUUGGAUUAUCAGAAUUGCAUUGAUCUCUUUCGCAAUCUGGUGGGCUAUUUGGGAGAUUAUUAGGCUGAAUCUGUUGAGACAUGAAAGACGAAUCUUGGGUGCCCUCAACUCAAAAUGGCAUGAAAUUGUUUGCAAAUGCUACAUCAUUUCAAACCUGGGGUUUGCAGAACCGUGCCUUCUUCUCGCCCUUUUAUUUCUUCUCCGUGCAUCAUUACAGAGGUCUGGGACAUUAAACCAGAAGUGGAAUACAAGAACAGCCGGAUGUGUUAUUCUUUAUUGUCUCCCAAUGUUCGUUCUUCAGCUCAUAGUUAUUUUAAUUGAGCCAAAGUAUAGCAAGAACAGUUCCAUGAACAAACUGCCUCCAUAUUUCUUCAAAACAGCUUCUUCUAAGACAAGUGACAAUGACAAUGUUACCAUAUGCACCUACCCUCUGUCAAGCACUAUCAUUCUUGGUCUUUUUGGUACUGUACUCACUACAUACUUUUUAUGGGUUGGGAGGCGAAUUCUUCAUUUGGUCAUCAAUAAGGGUUUGCAGAAACGGGUGUACACAUUAGUCUUUUCUAUUCCUGUUCUUUUUCUCUUAAGAGUACUACUUCUUGGUCUGUCGGUCCUAUCUGAGCCAGAAAAUCUUUUGUUUGAUGCCAUUGCAUUUUUGGCUUUUCUCUCUCUUCUAUUUUGUGUGGGAGUUGGUAUCUGUAUGCUGGUGUACCUUCCGGUUGUGGAUUCUUUAGCUGUGAGGAGUCAUCAAAGCGAUGCAGAGGCUAGAUGUAGUGAUGAGUACAACGAUUCCAUUUCACUAAUUCCUCCAACUCAUAGACCUCGUGAAGAAAGUACNAAAAUCGAGUCUAGCGAUUCUAGCGCUCAAUACACUUCUAGUUCCAAAGGAAAAUGAAAAAUCUAGGGCUCA